CAGUUGGGGAGAGGCGAGAAUCCCAGGUCCUGCUCGAGGCAAGGAGCUCCAGGAACCAGGAGGCGAAAGCAGAGGACUGGUGCUCGUGUCCUAAGGGCAGAGAGCAGAGUCCAGGCAAUACCAGGAGUCAAGGCAUCCCGCUCGUGGUCGAGAUGAGUGAGCUGAGCAAGCCCGAGGAAGACCACCUUCAGGACCCAGGGGAGGCCCAGGGCCCGGAGGAGGCGCAGCUCUUGGGGGCUGAGGUGGGGGAUGCUGCAUCCGCCUCGGCUUCUUCCCCCAAAGUGUCCUCCUUAGCCACUGGGGAGUCCUUGUCCCAGGAAGCUCUGAAGCAGAUGAUAACUACGCUGAUGAAGUUCCUGCUCUUCAAGUAUCGAGCCAAGCAGCUGACCUCCCAGGCGGAAAUCCUGAAGAAGGUCCUCUGGGAUAACCAGGAGUACUUCCCUGUGGUCUUCAGCCAAGCCUCGAAGAACCUGCAGCUGGUCUGUGGCAUGGAGGUGAAGGAGGUGGACCCCAGGGAGCACACCUACACCAUGGUCCCCAUCCUGGGCCUCACCUGUGAUGAGAUGCCGAGCAGUGGGCAGCGCAUGCCCAAAGCUGGCCUCCUGGCAGUGGUCCUCAGCCUGAUCAUGUGGGGUGGAGACCGUGCCCCUGAGGAGAAGGUCUGGGGAGCACUCAGCAAAUUGGGUAUGUCACGGGGGAGCGUGCACUGUGUCUUUGGGGAGCCCAGGACCCUUCUGACCCAUGUGUGGGUGCAGCAGGGGUACCUGGAGUACCAGCAGGUGCCUUACAGCCGCCCUGCUUGCUAUGAGUUCCUGUGGGGUCCCCGGGCCUAUGCGGAGACCAACAAGCGGGAAGUCUUGGCGUUUCUGCUCAGGUCCAAACAAAGGACUUGGAGGGCCUUCCCACGGCAGUCUGCAGAGGCUUUGAGGGAGGAGGCUGAGGAGGCCUGAGCCAGAGCUGCAGCCAGGCUGAUCCUUCCUUCUGUGAUUGAAGAGGGAGCGGUCAGCCUUCUCAGAAGUGAUGGCCCGAGCCAGUUGGGGAAACUGGUGUAUAGCAUCUUUGGGUUCCUGUUCUCUACGGUGACAUGGAGAAUCAUCACUGUUUUCCUUAGAAAAUUUUCAAACUUUCAUGGUUUCCACAGAAGGCUAAAUAAACUUCAGUGUGUUAGCUUUGUGAAUGAUGUUGAUCAGUGUGUUUGUACUUACUCAGUUCAAGAACAAGAGUUUUGCUGUUUGUAAAAGAGAUUGGAAACUCUUCCAUUGUGUUUUGUGGUCCUGAACUGGAUGCAGUGGAAUUGGAAUUAGAACUGUUCUGGAAAAGUGAGCUUACUUAGCAGUAAUAUUGAUGGGGGAAGAAUUAGCUGAUAAAAGUAAUCGUAGUGAAUUCAUGUUUCUGUCCUUCUUGUGUG